AGAAUUUCUUUGAACUUGAAGUAUGGCACAUCUAAUAAAAUUUUAUCGCCAUCCUGGACUAAUUUCAAACCAACUCGACUCCGUAAAUGCAAAAAUUGCAUCUAUCAUUGGAGAUACCACAUUUAGACUGGAAACAGAACUCUGUUUCUAUGUGCAAGUGAACUCACAAGGUAAGUAAAUUUUGACAAAUUGAACUUGAAAAUUAUUUUGAGUUUCUUUAUUUAUUAUCAUGACCAACUUAUCAUGACUUAUGGUUGCUGCCAUACAAAAUAAAAUAGUGACUUAACAAUAAUGCAAGCUUUCAAAGCAUUAUUAAGCCUCUUGUGCAAGAACACACUAAUGAGUAUCAUCAAUAAAUGAAACCCACAUGUACCUUAUUUUUAAUGGCAAGAAAACAAUAGAACAUUUUAAAUGGAGAGCGAUUUUAAUUAACAUAAACUUUAAAGUUUUUCAAUGAGAUGUAUGGGGCUCAUUUCGGGUAGUGAAAUGAUCAAUGCCCUGUUCCAUAUUUGUUGCUGCUACUAAGGUACUCUCUUGGCGGCCAGACAGGGCGGGUUUAAGAAUCCCUGGCAUGCUGGAUCCGGCCAGCAGGCCGUGGUUUGAGGACCCCCUGCAUUAAGAUUUCAAUUGAAUGAAAUUAAUACUUGUUCACUUUUGGAUAAUACUUCAUCAGUUAGAAGAGGAAUGGAACACAUAUUAUUAAUGCUGUUAUGAGAUUAAAAAGAUACAAUACACAAUUGUUAUAACUCUACUCUAUUUCAUUUUACUCAAAUAUUCUUUAGAUAUGAAUAAUUUUUAUUUGCAAAUAAUAGAAGAGUCUCAGUAUAAUGUUCUGAACACAUACAGCUUUAGUUAAAUUUCAUUUUUGCAACCCCUUCUUUUUAAAAUAGUGCUGAGGGUAAAGCAGCUAGCAGUGUCUAGAAAUUAACCAAGAAUAAAUGCUAUGAUAUUUUUCUAAAAAAUGUAUAUUAAAUUGCUGAUCUAAAAAGAAAAAUAUAUAAUUUCAGAUCUGUCAGGUGAAGAAUUGUCUGUUUUGAAAUGGGUUUUGUCUUUACCUUUCCAAGAAGAGAGGCUGUCACAGAAACCUUACCUUGAGAAUAACUCAGAAUCCCUUCUAUUUGAAAUUGGGCCACGGUAGGUGAAUAAAAUAUGAUAACGAAAGUAAGGUUUUCAAAAUUUUCCUUUAUAUGUGUCUUGAGAAGAAAGAAGAAAUUUUUUAUUCUUCAAAAGAAAUUCAAUGAAAUCAAACUGCAAAAUACAAAUGAAACAAUAGAGAGGUUUUUAGUGUUAAAAAUGUCCAGGUUUUUGUGUAACUUCUGCUGUUAAAUCAAACUGGGUGAUUAACUUUUGAUGCUCAUAGAUCAAAGUGGAGAAACUUAAAUUUUGAAAAAAGUUAAUGAAAAAUAUUGUUUGUUUUUUCAGCCUGAAUUUCUCCACAGCCACCUCAACAAAUUGUGUUUCCAUUUGCCAUUCAUUUGGAUUUACGGACAUCAAGCGAAUUGAAGCUUCAACUGUCUACCGUCUUGCAUUUAACAAUGGCACACUGCCCACAUCUGAGGAAGAGCAAGCGGUAAUAUUGUAAUGUCUUAUUCCGAUUUGAAUUUACAUAGAUCAAAAUUUGAAUAAGAAGAUCCUUUGGACUACAAUGUUUAAAAGGGAGUCAUUAAAGAUUUAUUUGUUCAGGCUUACAUACUAAACAUUUCAUUGUUCUGUAUUGGUUCACAAAGAAAUAGACUAAACAUGGGACUUGUCAUCUGUCUACUUCAGACAUUAACAUUAAUGGCGAAUACUUACAUUUUUUAAAUACUUUCUAUUUCUUGUUAUUUCUUUAUUUGUCCUGUCUGCUGAGGAAGACUCUUAGCUGAAAAUUUCUUUAUUGUCUUGUCUUUCUAUUACAAGCAUCCACAUAACUUAUGCUGCUAUUUCCUUGACACAGAUUGCACGCAUUUCUUCAUUUAUUAUCAUCUUUCCUAGUAGUUUUGCAGUCAGGUGAUAUUUUACAAUAAACCUGUAUUAACUGAGCAUGGAAGUAACACAUUGUGUAUAUUGUGAUAAUUUCAUGAAAUAUCACAAUUUUGAAAGAAAAAAAACGACAUUUGCACAAACUGUGUGUAAAGAAAUAAUAAAUAUUGAUCUUCAGAUUAUCAACAGUCUUCAUGACCAGAUGACAGAAUGCAGAUAUUUACACCCACUGACAACCUUUGACCUUGAUGUCAUUCCUGAUCCUGUAUUUGAGGUAGAUGUCUUAGGGCAAGGGAGAGAAGCACUGGAAAAGGCUAAUAAAGCCCUUGGUAAACCGCCCUUUGACUGGACUAUUAUAAUUAAUUUAACUUAUGUGUGGAUGGAUUUCAAGCUGAAUUCAAGGGGGAUUUUGACAUCAUUAGAAUUCUUGGCCAUUUCACUAUUCAUAUCACUAUUGUCACUAACGCAGUUGUUUAUUGGGAUUGUAAAAAGUAAAGUUUUUGUUUUAAAACUAGAAUAAAUUAAUAUACCAAAUGCUGUGAGAUAUUUUCCUUAACUUAUAUUCUCAAUUAAUUAAUUAAAUUGCAUGGAGUUUUGUAAUAAAAAAUUUGAGCAAAGAUGGGGGAAUUUUUUUUAUCUUAUCUGAUCAGUCCAAUCUUCCUAUUUCAAUGUUUGCUACUUCAGGUUUAGCAUUUGAUGAUUGGGAUUUGGACUAUUAUACCAAGCUAUUUCAAGAGCAGAUUAAACGCAACCCAACAAGUGUGGAAUGUUUUGAUCUAGCCCAGUCCAAUAGGUAAACAUGAAUCGUUUAGUUGCUUGCCUUCAUCAUUAUUUGGGGCUACCGCCUAUGUAGAUAUCAGGCCUGCUCCACCACAUCCUUACAUUCGGAUCGAUCCAUGACUUUCCGCCUCCAUGCGCUGACCCCCUCCUGCUUUCUCCAUCUUCAAAUUCUGUCCAUCUCAGCCUUGGUUGACCGGUGAGCUGUCUGCCCCUAGGUUUCUGCCAGAAGUUCAUUUUUGCUGCUCUACAAUGCGGCAUCCUCUCAAGGUGUCCUGUCUAGUUCAGGCUUCUAUUUUAAAAAAAAUUGUAAUUGUUGCGACUGUUUGUGUGGGUCUUUGAACAAUUGAUAUAUCUCUUUGUUUGUAUGGAUUCUCCCUCUAUCCCUAGACCGUAUACAUGGAUUCUCCCUCUAUCCCUAGACCGUAUACAUGGAUUCUCCCUCUAUCCCUAGACCGUAUAUUUUCCUAAGGAUUUUAAUCCCCCAUGUGAUGAGCAGGUGCUCUGCUUUUCUGGUAAGGGACUAAGUCUCACUUGCGUAAAUUACAACUGGUCUUAUAACACUUGUGUAUAUUGCCUUCUUUUUUCUUCUUGAGAGGUUUUUCAUUCCUAGUAGAUUUUGAAGGCUGGGGUAAAAGCAGUUGCCUGCUGUUAUUCUUUCUUUCACCUUCGACAUUAUUUCAUUUUGCUUAUUUAUAUUAGAUCCCAGAUAUUUUAAAGUAGCCACUCUCUCAAAGUUGUGGUGGCUCCUUUUUUUUUUUUGUGGUCACCUUAAGUCAAAAUAAAUAUCUUUAAAAAUUAUAAACAGAAGUAAGGAGCAUGUUUUAUAUGUCUUACAUAACAUUAUUUUAAUAUUGCAAUUAUUCAUGAUUUAGGGUUUAUCUAAUUAGAAUGAAAAUGCUUACAGCAGUUGAUUUAUUUUUUAUUAAAGGUGAUGAUGAAUUAAAAUGUUGUAAUCUUCUAAUAAUGUAAAUCUGACUUUAAAAAAUUAUCAUGUUUUUUUUUAAAAAUUUAAAUAAUUAAUUUUUUUGUAAUAGUGAACACAGCCGACAUUGGUUUUUCAAGGGCCGUCUUGUUGUAGAUGGAAAAGAAUGGCCAGAGUCAUUAUUUUCAAUGAUCAUGGACACUCAGACAUCCAGCAAUGACAACAAUGUCAUCAAGUUCAAUGACAACAGCAGGUAAAUGUUGUGUCCAGUCGGUGAUCAGCCUUCUGUGUCUGCUUGACCCUAAACCAUAAACUUCAUUCAUAUCAGCUUAUAACAUUUUUCUGUCAUGUUUUGUUUAAUUCCAGUAAAUUUAAUUUGACAUUUUUUUUUAACCCAUCAUCUUAUAGUAUGAUAGUUUUUUAGUGAAUUUUUUAAAUCUUGGAAUGAGUGCAAGUUAAUUUUAAUAAAUAUAAAUUUAUUAUUAAAUAUUUCUUCUAACUAUCAAAUUCUUUUAAUUGAUUUAUUUUUUUUUGACAGUGCCAUCAAAGGGUUUCCAGUGAAGGCAGUAGUUGCAGAAAAUGCCAUUGGUCCUGGCAAAUUAGCUGUGAAAGAAAAGUCAAGGCACAUAAUCUUCACAGCUGAAACACACAACUUUCCAACAGGUUUUUUUUUAAUGGGCCAUGUUGCUCACAUAAAUCUGGGCCAAUCGACUUAUAAAAUAUAUAAUUUGUUUGGUUAUAAAUUUAUCUUUUAAAACUUAUAUUUGUACGGCACUUAUUUUAUAAAGGUCCGUAAGGAUGGGUUAAGCCUCUUGGAAUAACCCAUUUUACUUAACUGUUUAGGAGUUGCACCUUUUCCUGGGGCCACGACUGGUACAGGUGGCAGAAUUCGAGAUGUCCAGGCUACUGGUAGGGGUGCCUAUGUUAUUGCUGGCACUGCUGGAUACUCAUUUGGCAAUCUUAACAUUGAAGGUUGGCAUAAUCUUUGUGUGUCAUUAGCUUAGAUGCCUCCUCUUGGGGAAUGUAAAUUAUCAUUAUUUCAUACAAAGAGUAAUAAGGAUCAUUGGCCAAUGGAUGGUGUUAAAAUCUUUGCGGCAUUGGUUGGAGUUGAUUUUAACUUUUAACACUUCUUAGCCACUACAUUCAAGAAUUUUAAAUAGCUCCAAGUAAGAGAAAGGCCACAUUCCUUGUUUAAAGAUGAUAAGGAAAAUAUUUUAAAUUUCAUAUUCAGGCUACAACCUUCCCUGGGAGAAUGAUGAUGACAAAUACCCUUCCAACUUUGCACUUCCUGUCAUGAUCGCCGUAGAGGCAAGCAAUGGGGCAUCUGAUUAUGGCAAUAAAUUUGGCGAACCUGUCAUUGCUGGUUUUGCUAGGUCAUGCGGAAUAUUUAGCGUGAAUGGUGAAAGAAGAGAGUACAUCAAGCCCAUCAUGUUCAGCGGUGGCAUUGGCAUGUUGGAGUCGGAGCAUGUCACUAAAGAUGGUCCCGAAAAAGGUAGGCUAGACUGAGAUCACAAAGAUGCAAUAAUCGGAAAUUAAUGAUGAAUUCUCUUAUGCACUGAGAACUUUCAUUUUCGUUGAAUUGUAUAAGCUUUAAUUAUCUAAAUUUUAAUUUCACUGUGAUCAUUUGGUAAACAAAAAUGAAGUAACACAUUUGAUGUCAUAAUAUUAGCAGACUUUAAAUAAGAAGUUAAGGAAACCAUAUUUGGAGGAAAUAAUUUCUUUGUAUUCAUUUUAGCUGUGAGUUAUAAAGCACAAUUCAUCAAAACUGUACUGACGUCUUGCGAAGCUGAACAGAUUGUGAUGUGCUAUUUAUUAAAUACUUUGACAGCCUGCACACUUUGUCAUGUUUAUUUUUUGUGUUCUCCAUAGGAAUGGAAGUGGUGAAAGUGGGAGGCCCAGUUUACCGAAUCGGUCUUGGCGGAGGAGCAGCUUCCUCCGUGCAGGUGCAGGGAGACAACAAGGCAGAGCUAGACUUCAGUGCCGUCCAGCGUGGGGAUGCCGAGAUGGAGCAGAAGAUGAACAGGGUGAUCCGUGCCUGUGUUGAGAGGGGAUUGACUAAUCCCAUCAGAAGCAUCCAUGACCAGGGAGCUGGUGGUAAUGGUAAGUGGCUCUCUAUGAGUUCCUCAUGUCUUGUAAGUUUUUUUGUUUUUUUAAACGUGUUCUGUUUCUUGUCAAAUGCUGUAACAAAUCUGUUUAAAGAUUUUCAAAAAGCAUUUUUCAAUAAGAAAACGUCUGUAAUAAAAGAUAUUUUUUAUUUGUUGAUCAAAACAGGUUUUUGCCCGUUGAAAGUGACAUUGAAAAUUCUUUUAUGGCUUUUAUAAUUUUGAAAAGGAGAAAGUCCAAAUAUUUACAUGUAUAUUAUAUAUAAAUUUAAAAACAAAAUAUAUAUACUCAUAAAUAUAUGACCAAAUAUAUACUGGUAUUUACUAAAAAUUUACCAAACCUAAAUGUAAAGUUAGUUUUAGUUGUUUUCUUUUAAAAAUUAAGAUUUACUUUAUGGUGAGGUAGGGAAUAGUUUACUGAUCUUUUAUUGGUGAUGUUUCAUUGAUACCCCUAUCCAUCGUAGGCAAUGUGCUGAAAGAGCUAGUUGAGCCAGCUGGAGCCAUCAUCAGAGCCAAGGACUUUCAGCUGGGAGACCCCACCAUAAGUGUCAUGGAGCUCUGGGGAGCAGAGUAUCAGGAAAGCAAUGCCCUGCUGGUUAAGCACAGUGACCUGCCCUUGAUCAAGUCAAUAGGAAGCCGGGAGAGGUGCCCUGUGUCUUGUGUGGGGACCAUCACCGGAACUGGGAAGGUAUUAACACUUAUCUCUUGGGAAGGUAUUAACACUUAUCUCUUGGGAAGGUAUUAACACUUAUCUCUUGGGAAGGUAUUAACACUUAUCUCUUGGGAAGGUAUUAACACUUAUCUCUUGGGAAGGUAUUAACACUUAUCUCUUGGGAAGGUAUUAACACUUAUCUCUUGGGAAGGUAUUAACACUUAUCUCUUGGGAAGGUAUUAACACUUAUCUCUUGGGAAGGUAUUAACACUUAUCUCUUGGGAAGGUAUUAACACUUAUCUCUUGGGAAGGUAUUAACACUUAUCUCUUGGGAAGGUAUUAACACUUAUCUCUUGGGAAGGUAUUAACACUUAUCUCUUGGCAAAAAAUUUGUUUGGUGGUAUGAUAGCAUUUUUUUUAUCUGUUAUCGACUUCAAACUUGUUAAAGUGUUUAUUCUCAUUAAAAGUAUUAUGGUACCCGUAUCAACACGCAGAAAGUGUUUAUAUUAAACCAACCUAUUCUGUAUUUCAGAUUGAACUGGAAGAUUUUAACACUGGAGUUGGGGACAGUGGCAGGAAACCAGUUGAUCUUGAACUGGAAUUUAUUCUAGGUUCAAUGCCCAGAAAAGUAAUAAUUUUAUCCCUUUAAUUCAAUCUAUUUACCUUGCCUCUGUGUGUUACGGCCUUCUUUCGUUGUCUAGUACCCCUCCAAAUGUUACGGGCUUCUUUAUUUGGUCUAGUACUCCUUCAAAUGUUACGUCUAUGAUUAAUACUAUUGUUACGACGUACCCUUGUAGGGGAUUACGUCAUACCAUCGCUCAAGUAUGUCUUGGUACGCCCUACUGGGCUGACAGCUAUGGAUCACCAAUCACACAACAAAGUUCAUGAAGAGUACAUGCCAACAGCAGUACUAGCAAGAGUCACUAAUCCUUUCGAAGCACAUGAUCAAAUCCUUAUAAAUUAGGAUGAAGUAGCCUCGCACUACCACAGGUAUUCAUCACAAUAUCUCUCUAUGACACAUCUCUCGUCCGUGAAUAUAAUACAACUCUCCUCUGUCACUCGACUCUCGGCUCAUCUCCUCUCGGCUCAACUCUCACUAUCAACUAACUAACACACCGCCCUUUUAUAUUUCAACAAAACUCUCUGCAUGCACUAAAGUUCAACACCACGAACCAACUCCAUGCUCUAACCUCACGGUCAACAACUCACAAAACACUCUCACGAUCAACAACUCCCCCUACCAAACAUUCACAACAAUCUAGUUCACAACACCGUGCUCUUUAUCCCCUUGCUCUUUAUCCCCUUGUUAUAAAAUCUAUAUUAAAAGUUCAUAAAAGUUUGGACUAUCCCUUAACAGUAAAUGUCUAGCCUUUGUCUUUGAAUAAUCAUACAUUAUGCAUAAAAUUUAAGUUUUCCGUUAAUCAAUUUAGUUGAUUAAUUGGCUAAAUUCUUGCUUAUGUGACUCAAUUUGUUGUUGUAAAAAAACAGGUCUCCUACCAUAAGUUUUAAUUAUGUUUGAAGUAGACUUAAUUGAAUAUUUAUUUACAAUACAAAUUCAAGAGACACUUAGUUGGCAGCCCUUGGUUUGCCAGGUGAAGUAUUUUGAUUGUGUAGUAUGGUGUGGGUCAAUUUGAAAAUUUUGCGCCUCUAUUUAUUUUUAUUAGUGAAUAAAUGCAGUAUAUGAUGUUGGAGAGAAUGGAAAAAGAUAGAAAAGAGGGAAAAAGUGAAGGAUGGUUUGAGAAACUGAGAGAGCUAAAAUGAAAGAAGGAAAUUCAAAUAUCACUGACCAGAUCUUAAAUUUUUGUUGUUGUUUUUUUUUUCACAUUUUAAAAAUAAUGUCUACAUCCCCCAAAAAGUAGCAUUAAAUAAUUGAACUCAUUUUAUGUGACGGAAUUUUGCAAAUAAGUGUCGGUUUCAAUAUUCAAACUUUGUUCUUGCCAUUAUUUUUAAAGGUGUUUGAGAUGAAGAGGAUCGCAGCGCAGUUUCAACCCCUUGUUUUACCAGAAGCUCUGACAGUUCCAGAGGCACUCAGCAGGGUGCUGCGUCUGCCAUCAGUUGCCAGUAAAAGAUAUCUCACAAACAAGGUCAGUGGCUGAGUUCAUUGCUGCAACAUGGAAAUUCUGCACUUCAAUAUAUUAAAGUCAGAGGCUAAGGGAUAUUAUAGUUUAUUAGAAGACUUUAGGUACUCCUUUGAAAAAAUGUAGCUACAAAUUUUCUUUUAAAUUUUUUUUAGGUAGACAGAUCUGUGACUGGUCUCAUUGCCCAGCAGCAGUGUGUGGGACCCUUGCAUACACCAUUAGCUGAUGUGGCUGUAGUUGCUUUGUCGCACUUUGACACUGUAAGUAUUUGUUGUUGUUUUUUCAUAUUCUGUAAUAAUUUAGUGAAUUAUCUCUCAUAGCAUUUCUGUGUAAUUGAUGAGUGGUUAGCAGGGACACCAUGACAGAUUUAGUUGUUAAAAGACUUAAUUGCAUGAUGACUGUCGAAGACUUGCAAAGAGGAGUAAAAUAUUUCAAUCAUUAAUGUGACGAAAUUUCCAGGUGGGAGCAGCUACAUCUAUUGGUGAACAGCCAAUCAAAGGCUUGCUUGACCCUGCAGCUGGGGCUCGUCUGUCUGUGGCUGAGGCUCUAACUAACCUGAUGUUUGCCAACAUUACAGAUAUUAAGGUACUGUACACAUUUGAAAUUUUCUUAGAAUCGCCAUCAAAAUAUAAAACUAUGUACUUUGUUUCAUAUAGAUGCACACUAAUUGCUUGAUAUUUAACAUAAAUAUUUCUGUGUGGCUAAUUGUAUUUUGCAGUCACCAAGGCAUGGUACCAUGUUACUGAAAAAAAAUUGAUUACUUCCAUUCUUUGAUUUUUUACUGUGCUGUGUAUAAAUUUAGGGAACCAAGAAGAGUGUGCAACAAAUUUCAAAGAGUGACAUAAUUUAAUAAAAAGUCCUAAAGAAAUUUCCCACAAUCUCAUAAAAAUGAGUGGCAUUUAUAAGAGUGUGACCUAUAUCACUCGAACCUGAUAAUGUAGUUUUCAAAACUUUUGGGUGGGCGGGGGGUGGGGUUAAGCUCUAAAUAUGCAAUUAACUAUUUAAAAAAAAAUUAUAACUAUUUAACUUACUUAUGAUUUGGUUGUAUGUGUUCUAGGAUGUCAAGUGCAGUGGCAACUGGAUGUGGGCAGCCAAGCUGGAGGGAGAAGGUGCCGCCCUCCUGGAUGCGUGCGUGGCCAUGUGUGAGUUCAUGAAGCAAGCGGGCGUGGCUGUGGAUGGGGGGAAGGAUUCUCUCAGCAUGGCGGCAAGAGUGGACAGUGAGGUCAUAAAAGCUCCAGGUGACCUACCUAUAUUUUUUUCAGUUGGAUUCUACGGUCAUUAUGACACAACUGUUUAAAUAUGUCGUUUACUCUUCAGUACAUCAUAAAAAUUUAUUUAGAAGUUUGUCAGUCUGAGCUAAGAACUUUAUUUUAAAUCUACAUUUUCAUUAGCUUUUGAGACAAUCUAUUAUUCAUUAGUGCAUUUAGAGUAUUACAAUUUUGUUUUUUAUUAUUGAACAUGGGGUAUGAAAAAAGUAAUGUAUUUUAAUUUUAUAUAGUGGCGUACAAUCUCUUGACCUACUUCUCAGUCAACUAUUAAAUUUUGUGUUAUAUUAAAAUGAUGAAAAUUGGUUGUGGGAGUGUCUAGGUAAUAACCAGGUCAAGGCAUGGAAAUAUGUUGAUUUGACAAACCUGGUUUUUUGUUAUCGUUAUCUUAAACCUAUAUAAGUUUUAUAAUAUUUCUUAAGCUGAACAUUUUUUUGUUCAAAUUCUGAAAAAGACAAUUUUUUGUUAAAAAUGAUACUCCAGGCACGCUGGUCAUCUCUACAUAUGUUGGAUGUCCUGACAUAAGGCUCACUGUCACGCCAGAUCUCAAAUGUCCUGAUGGAGAAGGUUAGUCUUUAAUUUGAUAUGCAUGUCUUCCUUCAACAGUACUAUUUACUUGAUGAGGAUAAUGUUUGUGAACUAUCUAUAGCCCUACAUUGUUUGAUGUACCCCACCGCCUCUGAAUUAUAGUAAUUAAUUAGGAGUUGACACUUCUGAACGUUGUUUUUGUCAGGGACUUGUGCUCACUCUUUUUCAUUUCUCUCAUUUUUUAGGUAGGAUAACGUGUAUAUAUAUAUUUAUUAUGUAAAUUUAAUUUAUUAUUUUAUACUUAAACGAAUGUUUUUUUGUACUGAUGAAUGCAUUUGCCGAAAUGUUUACAUUUGUAUUCUGUAUGCAUCAUUUAUUAAAGCUGAACCUAUUUUGUUUUAUUUACAGUGUCUAGUUAAUCUACUUGAAAUCUUUAUCGCAAUCCAACACUCUUAUAAUUAGUAAAGUAAUGUUCCGGGUUCUGUAAGAAAUCGAACAAUUUGGGUAGUAACUAGAGUUCGAAAUAAGCAAUAUAAAAAAAAAAAAUUUGUACAAGAGAAAAAUAUUUAUGACUUGUGGGUGAUAAAACCAACUGCUUCUACUCUAACUCCAGGUGUGUUAGUCUACCUGCCUGUUGGUGGACUGGACCAGUGGAGACUUGGGGGCAGUGCUCUGGCGCAGUGUUUCAAGCAGUUGGGUGACCAGGUGCCAGAUGUUACAGCUGAGAGCUUGGUUCAAACAUUUAAUGCAGUUCAGGGCCUUAUCAGAGGUAAGAUCUUGUUACUGGUUCCAAUCUUAUGCACAUAAAAAAACCUUGUGCAUGGAUUCAUGAUUGCUUGAGUGUGUGAGAAGCCUGGAUAAUUAUUUAUGGGUGCCUGUGCUUGGGUGUGUGGAUGCUUGUGGUUGGAUGUGUAGAUGCCUGUGCUUGGGUGUGUGGAUGCUUGUGGUUGGAUGUGUGGAUGCCUGUGCUUAGAUGUGUGGAUGCAAGAGUAAAUGUGUCAUAGUUGUGUGUGUUGCCUGGAUAAGGUGUGAAUGCCUUUGCGUGGAUGUGUGGGUCAUUAAGUGGGAUAGUUGUGUGUGACGCCUGGAUCAUUGUGUGGAUUCUUGUGAUUGCAUGCUAGCUGUGUGUGAUGGUUAUUUAUAAAUAUUUCUAAAAGAAAGAAAUGAAACAGAUAGAUUGAUUGAGUUGGUUUUUAUAUAAGCAAUGAGCUGUACAAAACAGACCCAUGAGACUUCCCCCACACACACAACGUUAUCAAAUUUCAUUCAACAAUUUUUAGUAAAAAUAUGUUUUCAGAAUAUUUUGUUCCUUUUUAAAUAAAAUACACCCCUUGGACUUUUUUUGUAUGUGCCCUCAUGUUUAUGAAAAAUGAAUUCGAAUAACUGAUAUUAAUUCACACGUAGUUCAAUAUUUUCGAACAAAUAAUAUGACAUAUCACAUAUGAAAAAUUUGGCUUUAAAUAUUUUGUACAAUUUUUAAAUGUACCUUGGUGGAGGUGGAAUAACUUGCAAAGAAAGCCUAUUACUAAUGAUUAAGGAAAUGAGCUAAACAAAGAAUGGGGAAAACCUGAAAAAAAAGGACACAACAUAACAGUGUACUAAUAUUUAAUAUAGUUAAUAAAUUAAAUCCUCUUCAAUACGAUUGUUAGCUCUUUAAUUUAUUUUAAUUAUAUUUUUGUUGAACUUAAAAAGCCUUCUCAAAGUUUCCAAUGUAUGUGAUGUCUAAUGGUUUGAUGUGUUUUAUCCCAAAGAUAAAAAGCUGACCGCUGGUCAUGACAUCAGUGACGGUGGCCUGCUCACCUGUUUGCUGGAGAUGGCAUUUGCUGGCAACUGCGGCCUGGUCGUUGACGUGCCCAUCACAAACAGCCAAGGUCAGUGUCGUGAAAAAGGGUGCUACAUGAACGAGGUUGAGAAUCUCAUUUGUUUGCAAAGGGGUGAUCUUGGGCUGAUGCCCAGUCCACGAGGCUUCAGUCCUUGAGCCUGGUAUAUCUCAAGACUGAUGCCCAGUCCACGAGGCUUCAGUCCUUGAGCCUGAUAUAUCUCAAGACUGAUGCCCAGUCCACGAGGCUUCAGUCCUUGAGCCUGAUAUAUCUCAAGAGAGACACCAAAGUUUAGGUGUUUUUUUUUACUUGGGUCUAGACUGUGCGCAACCCGUAUAACUUGGUUGUGCCAUGGGAUAAAGGUAGGACAUUUUAUGUUUCAAAAUUGACGAGCGUCCCUGGGCUGGAUCUAGAAAUAGCAAGCCGCUGCCAUCUUGUUUAAAAUGGGUCCCUGGCCUUUUGUUUUUUAUAUGAUAGUUAGGGGUUUGCCAAUAGGGUGCGUUGUUUUUUUAUAACAAUGUAGAUUUUUUAGUAUAGCCAGCAUUAAUUUUUUAUUAGUUAAAAAGCUCCUGGGCUAUGUUUUUGUGAGGAAAAUAUUUAAAAUUUACAUACCGGUAACUAAUUGUUUCUGAGAUUACAACUUGAGCCAAAUUGAAAGAAGUUAAUAAUUGUAAUAAUUGUUGGGUUUUGAAUUUGAGAUUCUAAAGAUGCAGAGACAGGGUAGUUUUUUCUUUAUAUAAUUAUAGCUAGAUAUUUCUCUGGGACAUAUAACCGAACUCGGUUUAUGUCACUGAUUCGUAUUAGAUUGGUUUCUUUCAUCAAAUUCUUUUAUACGCUCAUUUAACAUAAUCAUACCUAGGUGAACAUAAGUCCUGUUCUAUUAGCAAUGUAAACUUCAAUCCAGAAAUAUAUAUAUAUAUAUAUAUAUAUAUAUAUAUAACACUGUACAAUAAAUCAAACACAUGUAUAACGCAGACAUCAAAUUCUUUUAUACGCUCAUUUAACAUAAUCAUACCUAGGUGAACAUAAGUCCUGUUCUAUUAGCAAUGUAAACUUCAAUCCAGAAAUAUAUAUAUAUAUAUAUAUAUAUAUAACACUGUACAAUAAAUCAAACACAUGUAUAACGCAGAUCGCUAUAACGAGGAGUUUAAAGCGAAACCUUUCACAAAUCACACACAGCACACAAUAAAACUUAAUAUUCAAUGCCCAACGAUUACUAGUGAAUAUUCAUGUACGACAGUAUCUAAAAAUCAUAAAAUGGUUAAACUUUCAUUAAUAGGUGCCAACAAAUGGCUGAUAUCCAAUUUAUGAGCCAUCUUUAACUCUAUCACAUAUACAGAAUUACAGAGUAAAGCAUUUUUUAAAUUCCAGAUUCUAAAAAUAUGGAAACUGGCGGUUACUGACGGAACACUUCCGAAAUAUUAUGAAAAAAAGAUGACAUUUUUGUUGUUUCAUCGUCAUCCCAACGAAGCAUGCUUUCUUCUCGGGGUGGGCUCACAAUGUAACAAAACCUCCCCGCAGUUGAUAAGUCUACUGCAGGGUGGUUUGAUUGUCUUUAUUGUUGCCUAGGGGAACAACGCUGUCUGAUGUAUGCUUUACCUGCCUGUCACUCGACUCUGGACACACUGACCAACGAGGACCUGCACUUUUCACACCACAAUGAUUCACUAACUACAGUAGCCUGACGUUGUUUACUGACAUUUACACAUUGACCAAUCACAUAACUGGCCCUACGUAAACAGUUCAACCCUAUCAGUACUAUCAGUUCAUAACACUUGUAGCUUCUGUCUGUAGGACCAGCUUGUAGCACCUGUCAAUAGGAUCAGUUCAUGACACCUGUAGCACCUGUCAGUACUAUCAGUUCAUAAUACUUGAAGCUUCUGUCAGUAGGACCAGUUUCUAGCACCUAUCAGUACACUCAGUUCAUGACACCUGGAGCACCUGUCAGUACAUUCAGUUCAUAACACAGUUCAUAACACCUGGAGCACCUGUCAGUACAUUCAGUUCAUAACACCUGGAGCACCUGUCAGUACAUUCAGUUCAUAACACCUGGAGCACCUGUCAGUGGAAUAAGUUCAUAAAACGUGUAGCACCUGUCAAUACUAUCAGUUGAUAAAACUUGUAGCUUCUGUCAGUAGGAUCAGUUCAUGACACCUGUAGCGCUUGUCAGGAUCAGUUCAUAACACCUGUAGCACCUGUACCAGUCUGUAAAAUCAGUUCAUAACACCAGGAGCACCAUUUGAGAAGGAUCUCUUUUCACAAUCUGAAUAUCUGUCCAAAUUAUUUCCAUCACUCCAGACUCUUUGGUAACGUGCCUUCUCCAUGAACUAUUUGGUCUCCAACUCCAUGGUAAUAGGCAUUUAAAGAAAUUUCAAUACUAAUGAUAUUUGAUCUAAAAGAGAUCAACAUUCCACCACUCUGGGUGACAACGGGGGAUUUAAAAAAAAAAUAAAAACAUAGUUUUCAAAAGAUUUAUCUAAAGUAAUGUAUUUUAUGUUUAUCAAAAUGACAUUUUAGCUUAUGUUGACUUGGAUAUAUGUGUCCAACAUUUGUUACAACUCUGCUAAUCUCCAGCUCCAACAAUGAACGUUUUGUUUGCUGAGGAGGUGGGGGUUGUCCUUGAAGUCUCCAAGAGCAAUCUGGAAGAUAUUGUGGCUGCCCUGAAAAAGGAUAAUGUACAACAUGUUCUUUUGGGAAAAUCUUUGAGGUCAGAUAGGGAGACGACCCCACAGGUGAGCUCACUUGAAUACAUAUUGGUGUUGUGUAAAACUAAAUUUUUGUCAUUGAACUGAAAAAACACAUUUAAUAAAUGGAUUACGUUUUAUUUCCCAUAUAUAUAUAUAACAUAUAAUUGAUGUUUGACCAAACUUAAACCCCUCACAUUAUCAACCUUUGGAAUUUUUUUUACCAGGAAUUUUUUUUACCAGUAUCAAUGUAGUGCUAUGGAUCUAAUUGUUGGAAUGCUCUUUAUCUAAUUACACCUUAUCCAUUUCUUAUAUCAUUCACCUUGACUUGAAAUGUAUUUCAAUCCACAAUUCUAACGGAUCAUAAUGAAUCUCUUGUUACUUCAGAUCGUUGUAUCGGUCAAUGGUUCUUUGGUUUUGGAGUCCAGCAUGUUUGAGCUGAGAGACAUGUGGGAGGAAACCAGCUUUGUUUUAGAGAAGAGGCAGUCGAACCCUAACUGUGUCAAACAAGAACAGCAAGGACUCAGACUCAGAAGGGAGCCGACCUACGUUCUGAACUUUGAUCCUGAUCUGCUAGUUGUUCACAGAUCUCUUGGUGAGAAAUAGAUUUUAUUGCAAUGCAAACAUGAAGAUUAUAAGAUUAUGUAAUCUUAGAUAAGAAAAGAUUCUUUACUGAUCCAAAUAAAUGGAAAUGUUUUUUUAUUACAUUGUACAUAUUCAUCUUCAGCACAAAAAUAAGAACAAUCAAGACAACAUAUUACAAUUAUAAAAUAUAAACACAAUUUAGACAUAAGAAAUCUUAAAUAUUUCUCUAGAAGAAAUUUUAAGUAUUUCUCCAGCAUAGAAAUCAGCCAUAAAAGUACCGUACAACAUUAGUGACAAUAAUGACUUAGCUAGUAAGCAUUUAGAUUUGGUAAUCACUGAGGAGCACGCUGGUAAAUUCGUACAGACUGGGGAACAAAAUAAUUUUUAUCUCUUUCAGUCUUAACCUUAAGAGAAAGUAUUCGCCAUGAUUGAGCUGAUCUUAGGUGUCUGUGAUCUACCCGAGUGGAUUGAAUUUACUUAUCCCACAUUAAUGGACCAAGCCCUUUUUAAUAUAUGUUUAAAAUUUCUAUGUCUCAGUGUGCAAUCCAAAAGUGGCCAUCCUACGAGAAGAAGGCAGCAAUGGUGACAGAGAAAUGGCUGCAGCUUUCUCACUGGUGGGAUUUGAUGCUUGGGAUGUCACCAUGGAGGACCUGAUCAAGGAGAACAUUUCACUGGCUGCCUUCAAAGGGGUGGCAUUUGUUGGUGGCUUCAGCUAUGCUGAUGUCUGUGGGUCGGCCAAAGGUAACGGCAAUCUGUUUACUUACACUUCUAGGUGACAAGAAGCUUAGUGUGUUUUAAAUUUGAAAUAUGAGUUUUUAUUUCACUGGUCAACCCAGGGAAGAAUACACUUAACUAGUGUUCAAAUAUUUGUGAAUAAGUUAAGGGAGAAAAAAAAUAACACCUAUUUUGAAUUUAUAAUUUUAAAAAAAUUUUGAUUGCUAUUUUCUUGCACACCAUACAAAGCUAUUUUGCUUCUGAAUGGAAACAACCAUGACUCUGUAAGUGUUGAAUGUGUUGGCUUGAGGGUAAAACUUCUUCUAAUCAUCACAGGCUGGGCAGCAACAGCCAAGUUCAACAAGACUGUCAGUGAAGAGCUCUCUGCGUUCAGAUCUCGGCCAGAUACCUUCAGUUUUGGUGUGUGUAACGGAUGUCAGCUGAUGGCACUACUGGGUUGGGUGGCACCAGAUGCUGAAGGUGAUUUUUUUUUUUUAAAGCAAAUUAUUAUGCAGAAAACUUUGUGGGAGUUUUUUUUUUAGCCUUGUUUAUUCAAGAGGUGGAUUUAAAUAACCAAAAGUUUCUAUCACUGAGGGUAUUCAUCUUUUUAAAUUUCAUUAAAUUAUGCUUGUAGCGGGUACAACCACGUAGGAAACAACUGUUUACUUUUGGAGAGGAAAGAGCAAAUGGAUAGGUUUUAAUUUAAUAUCAUUUGUGGUUGUCAUGGUUUGGCUUGGUAAACAUGGAUUGGAUGAUAAUACUGUGAAUUAAAAGGAAGGAAUUAAAAGAAUACAUUUUUUAAAAAUAAUCUUAUUAGGUCUGCUUGAAUUAGACCUACUCAACUUACUGGAAUCUAGUUUAGAAACAAAAAACGUGACUUUGGAACCAAGCCAAACUAAAAUAAGUAUGCGGCGUCCACGGGCCGACCGCCCUGUUUUACAAAAAUGUAGACGUCAUAACAGAUAGUUAUAUAGUUUCAGCGAGAGUCUCUUCUUAACUAAAUAAUCUCACCCAUAUACCAGUGUCAUGUGCUGAAUCAUAAAUGACUCAAAUAUUACCAGUGUGAAAAUAAUUAUGUAACGGCCCUGUGCGAGUCUUCACUAACCCACCUGGAAACGAAGGGACCUUUCGAACUUCUUUUAUUCCACUUGACAGGCUUGUGAUGUUUUUACACUUAGAUUUGUUCGAAGCUCCCAGAGAGCUGUAAUUUCACACACAGCUUGGUCUUGUGCUAUGCUUAAUAUUUCUCUGAGAAAGUGAUAGAGCAAUUUUGUUAAAUUUUUUAGAUGGAGCAUAUGUAAAUAGAUUUUAAAAUUUGUUAAAAGUUAUUUCACCAUUGCAGCUUAAAAUUGAAGUUUAAAAAAAUUUAAAAAAAGUAAAAGGUAUUUUCUUGUGACUACCUACCACCAUAACUUACACAACUGUCCAGAUUUAUCAAAGGAUGAAGUCUCAGAGCAGGAAUAUUGAAAGUGAAUUAUUUUUUUAGAUGAGCAAUAUAAAUAAAAAAUUAAUUAUUUAAAAAUACAUAUGCUGUAUGUCAGAUCAGCUGGUUAUUAUUAUUAAGUUUAAGGUCAGAAGCAAUUCAAAUUUACAUUAAAUUUUUUUAUAACAGUUUCAGAUGAGUGUUCCCAGGGACUGCUCUUAGACCACAACAAUUCUGGCCGUUACGAGUCCAGGUUCAGUACAGUGAAGAUAGAGAAGUCACCAGCCAUCAUGCUGCAAGGGAUGGAAGGAACAGUCUGGGGGAUGUGGGUGGCACAUGGAGAAGGUGAGCUGUGCAGAAACAUUAGGGAUGAAGCGUGUUGAAAUGAACUUUAUUAUUAUCAUUAUUAUUUUGGUAUUAACCUAUCGACUAUCACAAUAAUUUUGGCCUGCAGCUAGGGUAGAUUUAUGGUGUCCGUCUUGUAUGUGUCUGUGCCUUGUGUUUGAGUCACUCUGCUGUGUGCACUGUUCUGCCAUGUGUCUUUCAAUAGUCUGUCUCACUACUGUGUGUACUUCUCUGCAAUGAGUCUGUCUGCCAUGUGAGUGUCAUGUAUGAGUUUAUCUGUCUGUUAUGUGUUAUUCUGAUUGCUAUGUUUGUUGGUCUGGCUUGUGAAUGUGUAUAAACGUUUGACUGCCUUGAGUAUGUAUGGGUAUGACAUAUAUGUCAGGUGCCAGCUUCACCUAAUCUGGAGUAUGCUAGCUUGAUCAAACACAUCUGUGAUUCUUGAUGUCUUAUUCAUAAGUUUACAUGUCACAAAUUUUGGUUAACUUCCCUCAUUUAUAAGUUGCACAAUAAUGUUGAGGACAUAUGGUAAAUUUCUGUGCUUUAUAAGUGUUGCAUUAAUUGAAGUAUGUAUUUGGUUCAACAGUGUUUCCGUAUUAAUUGAAGUAUGUAUUUGGUUCAACAGUGUUUCCGUAUUAAUUGAAGUAUGUAUUUGGUUCAACAGUGUUUCCGUAUUAAUUGAAGUAUGUAUUUGGUUCAACAGUGUUUCCGUAUUAAUUGAAGUAUGUAUUUGGUUCAACAGUGUUUCCGUAUUAAUUGAAGUAUGUAUUUGGUUCAACAGUGUUUCCGUAUUAAUUGAAGUAUGUAUUUGGUUCAACAGUGUUUCUGUAUUAUCUUUGGCUAGAUGGGUACCGUACCCAAUCUUUUUUUUUUUAAUUUAAUUUUAAAUGUACAGCAAAAUUAAAUGUUCAAGACUUGCAAGGCAAAAAUACUAAAAUUUUGUGUACAUUUAAUUUGUCUAAACUACAAAAUUUUACUUUUCAUUCCAUGUGUCAUGAGAAAAUGAGUUGGCCCCUUUUUUUCUUUUUUUUUUGGCUCGAGUAAAUUCGAUUUGCUCACUCAACUCAGCAUAUACAAAAUUAUGCUUUUGAAUUGCAGAUAAGACUAAUCCAGGUUUUUAUAAAAAAAAAAGUAUACAGGUACAACUUAUAAUUUAAUUUUAAUUUCAGGUCGAAUGGUGUUUAGAAGACCAGAACUCCAAGUUGAUAUCGAGUCCAACAAUUUGGUGCCUGUCAGGUUUGUCGAUGAUGAUGGCUUGCCCACUGAGGUAUAUCCACUAAAUCCAAAUGGUUCAUCUAACGGAAUAGCCGGCGUGUGCUCCUCUGAUGGCCGCCACCUGGCCAUUAUGCCCCAUCCUGAACGAUGUGUCUUGUCCUGGCAAUGCCCAUGGAUGCCACUAGAGUUGAAGGGCACCAAGAAAUUUUCACCUUGGAUUCGAAUGUUUGAAAACGCAUAUAAAUGGUGCAAAGCAUAGCAUGUCAUUACUGGUAACUUUUGAGGUAUUAGGAAAAUGUGGGAUGAAGUGAUAGGCUAGGGGUAUUAUUAACAUUUAACAAUUUACUCAAGAUUUUAAUUCAGCAGUGAACUUGAAUGGAUUUGAUGAAUGCCAAGUUGAUUCACUCACUUAACAUUUAUGACUGCUGGUUUGUGUUGAGAUUUCUUACAAUGGAGAAGUGUUCCUUUUGUGUUCAAUUAGAAUUUUGUUUAUGUAAUCCUUUGAGUACUGACAAGGGCAUUGUUUAUGUUUUGUAAUGAAUUUGAACUUAUUGAUGUUUAAUGUUUUCUUAGUUAUUAUACUUAAGGCAGAUGAACUUGUAUUGUUGUCCUAAGGACAAGAAUAAUUCUACAUGUGUCAAUUAAACCAUU